AUGGCUCUGCAGGAGCUCAUUCUCUCAUCAAGCUCCGCCGCCGAGUCGUCGCAGUCGUCAGCCCGUACGACUUUCACGCCCGCGAUCCAGUUGCACGACCUGACGACCACGGCACACGUCCAAGCGUUCAAGACGUCGAGCAACGCCAAGAACUGCCUUGCUUACGUGCCCAGCCGCGACGGCCUGGGUGGAACGGUCUGGGCAGUGCAGGAGGGUAAGGCGAUUGUCGGAGUCUGGGCCUGGCAGAAGGAUCAGCAGCAUCUCAAGUUCCACCUGCCCGAGCGGUUGACAUGUCUGAGCAUUUCGCCAAACGGCAUCUGGGCGGCGGGUGGGUCCCAGAACGGCCAGGUGUAUAUGUGGGAGAUUGCAUCGGGAUUGAUGCUGGCCUCGUGGAACGCGCACUACCGUACCGUCACCAGCGUCUCCUUCAGCAGUGACUCGGCGUACCUCGUCACCGCAUCAGCUGACGCGUCCGUGCACGUGUUCCUCGUGUCUCAGCUCACUGAUGUUGAAAGCUCAUCGUCGCCGUACAGCAAACCCCUGGGAAGCCUGGGCGACCACACGCUGGCCAUCACGGCGGUCACACUCGGAAAGACGAUGGGGGUUUCCGGCGGGAAGUGCUGGACCGCCUCGGAGGACGGAACAGUCAAGAUGUGGUCUUUCGCUGCGCCAUUCGACCUGCUCGCGACGUUUGUCCUCCCUCCAUCAGCUGUCCCGACUACUCUCGCCGUCGACCCAGCUGAGCGGUUCCUCUACGUAGGCACCAAGGCUGGCGACGUCUACCUCAUCCCCCUCUACAAACGUAAAGCCCAGAUGGGCCGUGUGGAGGCUGUCGGCGGCGAAGGAGCUGGUGCGACCCCAAUCAACCUUGUGACUCCCUGCGUUCACGUCGAUGCCGCCGUUACCUGCUUGAGCCUUUCGCUCAGCGCUACACACCUACUGGUGGGCACCUCUGCAGGUGACAUCCACGUCCACUCGCUGCCUUCCCACCAGCACAUUCGCACCAUCUCGACGCAUCGCGGUGCAAUUUCUCAUUUGUCGACGUUCCCGAGCCCUCCCGAUCUCAUUGGCAAGCCGGUCCGAACGGAGGACUGGGCAGUGAUGGACGUCCGGAACCUGGAGCGGAUGCGCACCAGCCGAGGAGCUAAAGAUACGCAGGAGGUCGGUGUGCUUCUGCGACCUAGCUGCAGGACAAACCUAUUGUCCGCCCUGCGUGCUACUCCUACGCGGAAUAUUGGCAGCGACCCAGCAAGGCGAGGGCCUGUCUCUGAUGGGGCGGACGUCGCUGCUCUUCAGGAUGAGAUUCGGCGGUUGAAGGGUGCCCUUGACAAGGCGGUCAAGAUCAACGAGAAGAUGUGGAGCGGAGUGGUCGACUUGAAGUUGACCUUGUAG